AUGACCCUCACUCUCACAGCCCUGCUGUAUCUUGGGGCCUUCUCUAAACCCACAAUCAAGGUGGUGCCAAGCAAUGUGGUGACCAUUGGGCAACAGGUGACCAUCUUCUGUGAAGGGUCCUUACAUGCCAAAGAAUACUGUCUCCACAAAGAAGGAAGUCCCGAUUGCCUGAUACUGAGAACCCUUCGAGAAACUGAAAAGAAGGCCAAGUUCUCUAUCUCACGGAUUCGAUGGAAUCAUGCAGGUCAAUACUGGUGUUCCUAUAAAACCCCAACUAACAUGUUACGACAAAGUGACAUCAUGGAGCUGGUGGUGACAGAGACUAUUGGCAAGCCCACACUGAAAGCUCAUCCAGGCUUCAUGAUAACCAGGGGCAUGCAAGUGACCAUGUCAUGUGAGGGUACCUCAAGAGCUCAGGAAUACUAUCUCUGUAAAGAGGGAAGUCCAGACCCCUGGCAAAGACAGAGCUCCAUGGUACCUAGGAAUAAGGCUGAAUUCUUCUUCCCAUCCAUUCAACAGAACCAUGCAGGGAGAUAUCACUGUUACUAUCAGACCCAUGUUGGCUGGUCAGAGAACAGUGACUCUCUGGACUUGAUGGUGACAGGACUCUACAGAAAACCACAUCUGUCAGUCCUGUCCAGCCCAGUGGUGAGAUUAGGAGAAAAUGUAACCCUCCAGUGUGUUUCACAACUGGGAUAUGAUGGCUUUGUUCUGACUAAGGAAGAAUCACAGAAGUUAUCUUUGAUCCGGGAUUCACAGUACAUAUACUCGAAUGGCCAGUUCCGGGCACUGUUCUAUGUGGGUCCUGUGACCUCCAGACAGAGAAGAACAUUCAGAUGCUAUGGCUACUUCAUGAGCAAACCUCAAGUGUGGUCAGAACCUAGUGACCCUCAAGAGCUCCUGGUCUCAGCCUCACAGUCUCAGGAUCACACGAUGGAGAACCUCAUAUGUAUGUGCCUGUCUGGCUUGAUCCUAACAGUUCUUGGGAUUCUGCUGUUUGAUGCUUGCUGCAGCCAGAGAAGGAUGCUGAAGGCAGCCUACAGGUGA